AUGUGUUUUCUACCAGCUGUCAACACUGCCUUUGUGCCCGCUGCUGCUAGAAUGCUAUUUCUUAUAGCCCUGGCAUGCGCCAGCCCUUUUUUAGAAUUUCGGGAAGAAACUGCAAGAUCUCUUAACGUGGCCAUAAUUUUUAGUGGUACCUCUUACCCGCCGGAGAGUGCCCACUUUGCACCCUCAGCUUUUCGCAAUUUUUCUAUGGAAGUAAAUCCAAUUUCUGUAAUACUUAAUGACACAAACCCUCGCAGCCUUAUCCUGCAAAUAUGUGAUGUCCUGUCCAGCCUGAGUAUUCAUGGGGUUGUCUUUGAAGAUGAUACAAGAACCGAGUCUGUUGCUCAGAUACUGGACUUUAUUUCUGCACAAACAUCCAUGCCCAUCAUUGGAAUUAAUGGAGGAUCUGCAAUCGUGCUGACCCCAAAGGAAAAAGGUUCAACCUUUCUGCAGCUGGGAGCCUCUACAGAGCAGCAACUUCAAGUCAUCUUUGAGGUGUUGGAGGAAUAUGAUUGGACAGCGUUUGCGGUUAUUACUACUCUAUUUCCGGGCUAUGAAGACUUUGUGGAUUACAUUGAGCUACUUACUGACAGCAGUUUCAUUGGCUGGGAAAAUCGAGGUAUCCUGACCCUCAAUCUGACUGAUGAUCCCAGUAGUGCCAAACUCAAGAGACAAUUGACAGAGAUAGCAGUACAAGUGCGUCUUCUAUACUGUUCUAAGGAUGAAGCAGAUGGGGUUUUCAAGGCUGCCCGAGAAGCUGGCUUGACUGGGCCUGGUUACAUAUGGUUUAUGGUGGGAACCAACCUGGGUGGCACAGAUUACAUGCCUGAGCAUUUGCCCGUUGGCCUGUUCACAGUUUUGUCUGCUGGAUGGAAAGAUGACCUGCACCGUAGAGUCCAAAAUGGAGUUGCCAUUAUUGCUAAAGGUGCAGAGGCUCUGUACAAGGACUAUGGGUUCAUACCAGAAUUCAACAAUGAUUGUAGAGCACCAAACCGUACCCAUGGGAGUGAAAACCUACACAGAUAUUUCAUGAACAUCUCCUGGGGAGGAAAGGACUUCUCAUUUAAUGAAGAUGGGUACCUCAUCAAUCCUGCACUGGUGGUGAUUGCUCUCAACAAGGAGAGGAACUGGGAGGUGGUUGGAAUCUGGGAACAUGGUGAACUGAGGAUGAAAUAUCCAGUGUGGUCUCGUUAUGGAAAGUUCUUGCAGCCUGUGGAUGAUGAUCAGCAUUUAACUGUGGCGACGCUAGAAGAGCGACCAUUUGUAAUUGUUGAAGGCGUGGAUCCUGCGACCGGAACCUGCAUUAGAGACUCUGUGCCGUGCCGCAAGCAGCUGAACAAGACAGACAAUCAUAUGACAGACCCCAUAAUAUUUGUCAAACAAUGCUGUAAGGGAUUCUGCAUAGAUAUUCUUAAACGCCUUGCAAAAACCAUUGGCUUUACCUAUGAUCUAUAUCUUGUGACCAAUGGCAAGCAUGGGAAGAAAAUCGAGGGAGUAUGGAAUGGAAUGAUUGGAGAGGUGUUUUACCAGCGUGCUGACAUGGCCAUUGGUUCUCUUACAAUAAAUGAGGAACGAUCUGAAAUUAUUGACUUUUCAGUUCCUUUUGUGGAAACAGGAAUUAGUGUAAUGGUCUCAAGGAGCAACGGAACUGUGUCACCAUCAGCAUUUUUAGAGCCGUACAGCCCUGCUGUCUGGGUCAUGAUGUUUGUCAUGUGUCUUACCGUGGUUGCUGUGACUGUUUUCAUCUUUGAAUAUUUGAGCCCUGUUGGAUAUAACCGAAGCCUCUCCACAGGCAAGCGUCCAGGGGGUUCAAAGUUCACUAUUGGCAAGUCCAUCUGGCUACUCUGGGCUCUGGUUUUUAACAACUCUGUUCCAGUAGAAAACCCAAAAGGCACCACAAGUAAAAUCAUGGUCCUCAUCUGGGCAUUCUUCGCAGUAAUAUUCCUGGCCAGCUACACUGCCAAUCUGGCUGCUUUCAUGAUCCAGGAGGAGUAUGUGGAUACUGUGUCUGGACUCAGCGAUAAAAAAUUUCAGAGACCCCAUGAUCAGUAUCCACCGCUGAAGUUUGGCACAGUACCCAAUGGGAGCACAGAGAAGAACAUUCGGAGUAACUACCCAGACAUGCAUUCCUACAUGAUAAAGUACAAUCAGCGACAUGUAGAAGAUGCUCUGCAGAAUCUGAAAACGGGGAAAUUGGAUGCAUUUAUUUAUGAUGCAGCAGUGCUGAAUUACAUGGCUCGGAAAGAUGAAGGAUGUAAGCUAGUGACCAUUGGCAGUGGAAAAGUCUUUGCCACUACAGGUUAUGGCAUUGCUCUGCAGAAAGGUUCCAAGUGGAAACGCUCUAUUGAUCUUGCAUUGCUGCAAUUUCUAGGUGAUGAUGAAAUUGAAAUGCUGGAAAGACUUUGGCUAUCAGGCAUUUGCCACAACGACAAGAUUGAAGUGAUGAGCAGCAAAUUAGACAUUGACAAUAUGGCUGGUGUCUUCUACAUGCUCCUUGUAGCAAUGGGAUUGAGUUUGCUGGUGUUCGCAUGGGAGCAUCUUAUAUACUGGAAGCUACGGCACUGCAUGAGACAUUCUGGGAGACUGGACUUCUUGAUGGCACUUAGCAGGGGAAUGUACAGCUGUUGCAGUGCUGAGGAUCCAAAGGCUAUAGACCAACAACUACCAACUUUAAAUCAUUGCUAUCCACCACAAAGAAUACCAGCACUUUCAAAUUCCAUUGCUCCACCUCCACCACCAUCUGCACCUUUACCAUGUUCCAACUUUUUGCCACGGGAAAGGAGGAUAGUUGAGAGGUGGCGUCAUGCUCGCAGCCCUAACUGCUACAAAGAUGUCUAUACUCCAACUCGCUCUGCUCAUGACCCCAACAGCAAGGCAGCUCCACCUCGCCAUCCACACAAGAACACAUUUUCCGAUGGCUUUCAUAGGUAUUAUGGUCCUAUUGAACCUGAAGGUCUCUCUGAUCAUCUGGUGGAGUCUGGGCAAGCUUUUAGCAAAGAUAAAAAUAUUUCAUCCUGUCAAAUGUCACCUCCGACUCAAAGAGACUUCCUGGAAAACCCACCAUCUUAUUUUGCCAUUGUGCGAGAAAAAGAUGCUCCAGAACCACCAGGAUGGCAGUCAAAAAUUUCAAGGGGUCUUUAUGAAAAUUACCAAGCAGGAAAGGAAAGGACUCCAAAGUCUACAGGUGGGGCACGGGGUAGUCGAACACCUGAAACAACCGCAAAAAAGUUUGAUCACUUAGGAAGUAGUUACCAGAAGAACACAUGUGAAAUGGAAUGUGAGGUAUAUAGUGGUGGAGGUCAAAAUGCUAGCACAAAUCGUCCUAACAAAGCCAAUGUGGAGGUCUGUGAUGGAACCCAUUAUGGUGGUCAUUCGAGGUUUACAUAUGAAGAUGAGAGAAGUUGUGGAAGGGAUUGUCACCAUCGUCGAGAGGAAAUGGACAUGGAAUCCCAACCCUUACUGCACAAAAAAUCUAAUCGAUCUCAUAUGUGCAGGAGCCAUUCUCACCCUCUUGUUAUGAGUCCCAAUCAAAACAAGUAUGCUGAUAUCUCAGAUUCUGAUUCAGAUGUGUGUGAGAGAGAACCACCAUGUGUGAAAUCUGACAUGGGACACAACUGUUGGUACUCACCAAACUACUUCUGCACAUACCCAUCUAGAGAACGACAGACCCCCUCUGCACCACGAAAACCGAUGAGGUACUGGUCAGUGGAUAAGCUUGGUAAAUAUCGUCAGUUGAGCAAAGAUUAUCUUCCAGCCACCUGCCACGGUUCUUGCUAUUGCAGUAGCUUGGAAGUGUUGCCGCCUCACUGCCACAAGGAGCCAAGAUACGUCAGCUGUUCAGAUGAAAAGCUUGAAAGGCGAUUGGACUGGGAGCACUUACGUGGAGGUCACUGCUCUUACCUUCACCACCAUCACCAUUCUUGUGACUUAGCCCCCAUACAUCCUACCUCCCGAAGUUUGGAGGACCUAAGUAGAUGCCAUCUAAGGUGUCACAGACAAAUCUUUUCUCCAGAAUGCCAACCUAGAUCAAGUCAUAGUGGAAACCUUUAUAAAAGAAGGGGGUCUGCACACUUCUCUAGCUUGGAGUCUGAAGUAUGA